GGUCAUCGCCAAAGCAACAAGGUGCAAAGCAAAAGACAGCUCUAGGCUCAAAGGCGCGUUUUGUUUAUUUGCCGACCGGAUGCUCAUCAAAGAAUGGCUCGUUUGAUCAGUAAAUUCUUCCUGUCUCUCAUCUCGCUGGUUUUUAUCUCCAGAUCUGCCCUCUCCCUAAGUGUGUUCAGCAAGACAAGCCUCAUGCAGCCUUUCCCAUGUUCAGAAGCGCCGCAAUCGUGCAAUUCUUGCUUGUACCAUAUCUCUAGAGGACUUCACGUAGAAAAGAUAGCAUCCCUCUACUCGGUCAACGUGUCAGAAAUUAAACCGAUAAUCCACGGCGCUCAGCUAGAUUAUCUGGUAUCUGUGCCUUGCACUUGUAGAUACCUGAAUGGCACCAAUAGAUACUCCUAUGAUACUUCUUACAAAGUACAGCCAGACGAUUCAUUUGCCAGAGUCAACAAUGAGUGGUACAGUGGACAAGCUUAUAGUGUCACUGGUGAGGAGGUAUUUAAUGCUGGAAAUACGGUAACUAUGCAUCUCUUGUGUGGUUGUGUGGAAGAAGGAUAUCAAGAAAUCGUGACUUACACGGUUCAAGAACACGACACUCUAUCACAGAUUGCACAUCUGCUAUCCUCAAAUUUGAGUGAGGUCGAGAAACUAAACCCAAAGUUGACUUGGGAUCCAAGUUAUAUAGAUGUCGGGUGGGUGCUGUAUAUACCCAUGGAAAAUAGAGCAACUCGAGGUCACAAGCAACGGAAAAUGAAGAAGUGGAUUGAGAUAGCGGUGAUCCUGAUCCUGUCAGGGGUAACUUUAGCGUCGAUGAGCAUACUGUUUUGGUUAUAUCAAAGGAGAAACAGAAGGGGCAAAGGGGGACAAGUAGAUCGUGGGGCAACAACUAAGAGCACAGAUGCCCAGAGGACUAUCCCACUGAAGCAACUCUUCCACGAAAAGGACUUUGAAGAUGUGAAAUUUGAUUCAGAUAAACCAGUUAUGUACAGCUUGGAGGAUAUGCAUGAGGCUACAAAAGACUUUGAUGAUGCUCGAAAAAUUGGAGAGGGAGGGUAUGGGAGUGUGUAUUUUGGCAUAUUAGGAGACCGGGAAGUUGCUAUUAAGAAGAUGAAAUCCAGCAGUUCAAAGGAGUUCUUUGCAGAGCUUAAAGUUUUGUGCAAAAUACAUCACAUUAAUGUGGUGGAUCUUCUUGGAUAUUCAAGCAGUGACAACCAUUUAUACUUGGUAUAUGAGUAUGUUCCAAGUGGCUCACUGAACGACCACCUUCACGAUCCUUUCCUGAAAGGUUUCCAACCUCUCUCCUGGAUGGCCAGAGCAAAUAUAGCACUUGAUGCUGCAAGUGGAAUCGAGUACAUUCAUGAUCAUACCAAGGCGCGCUACGUGCAUCGUGACAUCAAGACGAGUAACAUUUUACUCGACCAGGGGCUCAGAGCAAAGGUAGCUGAUUUUGGACUCGCAAGACUGGUGGAACGAUCAAAUGAACAAGAAGUAUUUGCAACACGUGUAGUCGGCACACCUGGUUAUAUUCCUCCUGAGUCUGUCCGCGAGCUGCAAAUGACAUCGAAAGGAGAUGUUUAUGCUUUUGGAGUGGUUUUAGCAGAAAUAGUAACUGGUCAGCGCGCUCUAGCUCGUGAUGACAGGGACCCAAAUAAGCUUAAGACCCUAAUAUCAACUAUGACAACGAUUUUCGAAGGCCAACAACCACAAAAUGCUUUGGAAGCAAUCAUAGAUUGUAACUUGAGAGGGAGUUACCCCUUUGAGGAGGUUUUUAAGAUGGCGGAUUUAGCGUGGCGAUGUCUGAAUGAUGAUGCUAUCAACAGACCGGAAAUGAGAGAAAUUGUUCAUGAACUCUCUCACAUUUUAACGUCCUCAAUGGAGUGGGAAGCAUCACUUGGAGGGAAUGACCGAGUCUUCAGCGGGUUGUUGAACGGAAGAUGAACGAGAGCACUCGAGGCAACGGCCAGGAAUCGACUCUAAAUGCCUUUGUCGCCCCUCGCUCAGUGCCAAUUUCAGCGAGUUUCUUUGGUGUUCAUCUUGACUUAUCCAAAUUGGAAACAAAGGAGAUGCACUUAUCCAGUUUGAUCCUCGCACGAGUUAUGAUUUCGUUGUUUGAAGUGGAAGGAGACUAUGAGCUCUCACACACAGCUCGACUGUCAUGAUUUCUGUGAAGGCGAAUGGUUACAACCGACGGAUUGUGAAUAUUUAUAACGUCUCUUUUUGUCCCUUUGAUACUUGGCAUGAAACUGCAAAUUAGAACACGUGAUGCUGGACUGGUAUAAGAUUCAAUGUGCAAUGAUCAUUUCC